AUGCCGAGGCGACGAGGGGGUGGCUUGACCCGCUCUCCACCAGCUUCCAGAAUGGGGAGGACGAGGCCAUGGUCUCUGCCUUCAUGUAUGAAGAUAAAUGCGCUCGUCUUGAGAUGUCACCACACGGCCGACUCUCUGCCGUGUCCCUACCAUGUUGUCUCGGUUUCGGAGGCUACGCAUGUCGUCUCCAGCUCUGCCUUUUCUUGUCCAUUGGAGCAUAUCGCAACUCAUUGGCAUAGCAACUGGACGCCAACAGGAGCUGUCUCCAGUAUUUCAGUGCUGGGGUGCUCUGGCGUCUGCGGCGGCAUGUGGGUCGCUGUCGUGUUCCAUGACAUAAAGGCUUCCCGACGGGUGAAUAUGAAUGGCCCAUGA